AGCAUGGUGGAUAAGGACUGGCUUUAGACUUGGGAAGACCCACCUCCUCCAGGGUGUCAGCGUGGAGACAAUGAGCGAAAGUAAGGUAGUGACCCCUGACUUUAGCACAGGACCUGUGGAAACCACCCCCAAGCCUUUGCCAUUUAAGGAUCCCAACUUUGUGCACUCGGGCAUUGGGGGAGCAGCGGCAGGCAAGAAGAACAGGACCUGGAAGAACCUAAAACAGAUUCUUGCUUCGGAAAGGGCGUUGCCAUGGCAACUCAACGAUCCUAGCUACUUCAGUAUAGAUGCUCCUCCUUCCUUUAAACCAGCCAGGAAGUAUUCGGAUAUUUCAGGACUUGUUGCAAACUAUACAGAUCCACAGAGCAAGUUAAGAUUCAGCACGAUUGAAGAAUUUGCUUACAUUCGGAUGCUCCCUUCAGAUGUUGUUACAGGCUACCUGGCCUUGAGAAAGGCCACAAGCAUAGUUCCCUAAGACGGGUGAAAUUUCUGAGAGGAAGCAUGGAACUUUUUCAAAGGCAGACUUUGGACUCAAGAUUUUGUUUGCAGGAAACAUUCAUAUUGUUGUCAAUCUGAAAAUGCCAGUAUUGUGCCUUGGAAAGAAUGUUUGGUUUUUAAUAUAAUUUAAGAUUUUUCUUUAUUUGCUUUUUUAGAAGUUUGACAUUUUCAGCUAAAUUAAAUACUAGCACAUUUUGGGAUUGCCCCAAGUAUUUGACAAGGAAAAUGUAAUAAAACAUCACUUUUUAUUUAUUUCAGUAGUUGGUUCAGCCCAAGCAUUUCUUUGAAUUCUUGCCCCCCAAUACAUGCUAGCUUUCUUAUAUAACAUCAUAACAUUCUCUAUAUAAUUAAAAAUAAGUAUUAUUAA